AUAUACGCCGCGCGUCCGUUCCGUCGCCUUCGUAUCAUCGCCGGUCCGUCCUCUCCUAUCUCUCUGUCUCUCCGUUUUUACUAUCUGUUCGUAUAUACUCGGUUCCCACCACUUAUUUUUAUUUGUUCUUUCGUCAUUAUUAUUUUUGCUUUAAUUACUUCAUUAUAAAGAGGAAAAGAUUAUACCGUAAACUCCAUCUUCUCUUCGACCGUGAUCCGACCGUGGUCAGCUGCAGAAUGAGGUGCUCGAUGAGGCUGAUCGUAUUCUUGGGUCUAAUCGCCGUUUCUUUGGGGGCCCCGCAAAAAUGCGGCGAUCUCGAUUGUCUGAUCGACAGUAUUUACACCCCGAAAUCACCGACAGGAAGUAACGGUGGAGUGACUCCGUCCCCGAUCAAUAAUGGCGGACAAAUUCCGGAGAGCGGCGGUGGAGAGGAUGAUUGCGAAUGCGUUCCAUAUUAUCAAUGUCAAAACAACACAAUCGUCACCGAGGGAAUCGGUCUCAUCGAUAUCAGAGUGAAAGGUGCUUGCGACAACUACUUGGACAUAUGUUGCAAGAAACCAGAUGUGUUGAAACCGGAAGAUAAGGUUACUCCAAAACCGCCGGUACGACGAGGAUGUGGCCAACGGAAUCCGGAUGGAGUUGGUUUCAGAAUAACCGGACACACCGACAACGAAGCUCAGUUCGGCGAAUUCCCUUGGAUGGUCGCGGUCCUCAGGGAGGAAAUAAUCGGACAAAAUGCCGAAAAACUGAACGUAUACCAAUGCGGAGGUGCCCUCAUUCACCCCGAAGUAGUCCUCACCGCUGCUCACUGCGUCAAUGGGAAGCAACCCUCUCAAUUGAAGGUCCGAGCCGGCGAAUGGGACACUCAAACGAAGAACGAGGUCUACCCGCACCAGGAUCGAAACGUGAAAUCGGUCGUCGUACACGAGGGCUUCCACUCCGGUGCUCUGUACAACGACGUCGCCCUCCUGAUUUUGGAGACGGCCGUUAAUCUGGCGGAGAACGUCGAUCUCACCUGUCUUCCGGCACACGGGGAAACGUUCGACGGCACCCGCUGCUUCGCCAGCGGAUGGGGAAAAGACAUUUUCGGCAAAGAAGGCCACUAUCAGGUGAUCCUCAAGAGGGUGGAUCUCCCCAUCGUUCCACACGACGUGUGUCAGAGUUCCUUGCGCACGACUAGACUCGGAAAAUACUUCAAUCUUCACUCGAGCUUCGUAUGCGCUGGCGGAGAAUCCGGCAAAGACACGUGCAAGGGUGACGGAGGAAGUCCUUUGGUUUGUCCUUUGAAGAACGACCCAUCUCGUUACGCUCAGGUUGGUAUCGUUGCCUGGGGUAUUGGAUGUGGCGAAAAUCGUGUUCCUGGCGUCUACGCUAACGUUGCCGCAGCGCGGCAUUGGAUCGACGAGCAGAUGGUCUACAACAAUCUCGACAUAAACACUUAUCAGGCUUGAUUUUGAUUAGCGUUAUAAUCCUCGUCUGACCCGUCGUCACACGUUGACCCAAGAAGGACGGAAAUCUUGCAAGAUUGAUUGAAAUUGGGGAGAGAUGAUCUGUUUUGCAUUUUUUACUCGCCUCAAAACAGGAAACUCCCUUUGGAAUUUAGCCAAUUAAAUGUAAUACCUAUACUCGAAA